AAUUAGAUACUUUCCUUCUUGAGCAGCAUUGUCACGUGCAAUCGUCAAAAAUAAGGAGUUGAACGUUUAGACCAACAACAAACAACCUACCGUAAAUUAAUCCUACCUACAUUGUUGUGUUGCCUGAUAGAAUUACCUAAUAAAGGACUUGCCAUUUGCCAUAGGCCCAUGGUCCGAAUACGUAUACCUACCUAAGCGCUACGUUAAUUAACCAAAACAGUACAGACGUUACCAUGACAACUGUACACCGACAAUGAAUCGAGGUUUUUGAGGUAGUACACCUUAGGUAUUAACUAAGAAUAAGCAAUAAUUAAAAUGUCUAUUUUUAAAGUAAAGCAAUGGUGGUCUAAUGAUAAACUGCAAAAUGAGGAAGAUAUUGAGGGAAUCCAAAAUGCGAAUUGUUUGAAAGUGGAUAAGUUCAAUUCGCACAGUGAUAGCGACUGUAUUUUGGUCGGCGAAGGAACGUUACUGAAAGUAUACAAGCCGAAUUUAGAUGAAGGAUCCUCGCAUGUUCUAUUAGAAACACAGUUUAGUGAUGGUGUGCUACAAAUUGAGACUGGGAAGUUUACAGGGAAUUGUGAAGAUCGUCAGAUUUUAGUAUUGCAUCCACAAAGCUAUGAGGUAUUUCAUUUGAAGAGAAAAGAAGGUCACAUGGAAGCUGGUCAACAAAACUACCUAGUACCUAUUAUUAAACAUUCAUUCACAAGGAAAGCAGAUAGUUUGACUUGCGGGCCUUUUGGAAAUAUAAAAACAAGAGAUUUUAUUUGUAUUCAAAGUCUGGAUGGAAGCUUGAGUUUUUUCGAUCAGGAUACGUUCUUGUUCAUGUGUAUUUUCAACGACGUCAUUAUACCAUCACCUGUUUCUUAUAUUGCCAGCAGCGAUUCUUUUGUUUUAUGCAAAUCUACUUGGGUUAUUGAAAUAUACAGUUAUCAGCAACUAAGAGAAUCCAGCGAACUUACUUUAAGACAGAAUAAAAAGAACAUACCACAGUGGGUGUACAAUGCAGGUGAAGAAAUUACACGAGUCCAAGUUAUUCAGACCAGUAACAACUUUUCAAGUAUAGUCGCACUUGGCGAAAGGCAUGUUUACUGCUUCCAAGACAAUGGCCUGAUGAAGUUUAUGAUCAAAUUAGAUUUUAUGCCGAUUUGCUUCUGCGCUUAUCUUAUUGGUUGGUAUUAUGAACCUGGUGCUCGUUUACUCGUGAUGGUAACAUCUGACGAUUCAAAAUUGUACGUUUACGAGGGUACAACUUUACUAUGGAGUUGUUCUCUACUGCAUCCCGCAAUAUCGAUAUCUCGAUGUUUCUUAAAAUCUCUAUCAGGUGGUCUGGUCACACUAUCCGCUAAUGGUAUAGUGAAUGUCGGUUAUUUAGGGACUGAACCGGAUCUCAACUCGAACGCACCACCAAUGAUCAAUGAUAUUAGUGAUCCGGAAGACGUACAAAAGGAGCUAGAAGUCGUUGAAGAGUCAUUACGGAAAAUCUUAAAUAACAAUGAAGAUGUUGAUAAUGGGAGAUCAAUGGAACAUCUACUGAAAAUAAAAGCAGACGUAGGCAAACCAGUACAAAAUUUAUUUCAAGAAUUCUCUAAUGAUAAGAAUGAGAGCUUACACUUGUUGAUGUGUCCAGUAAUUGUGAUACUAACGUGCGAAGAUCCAAAAUUUAUUUUGAGUGUUCAAGUGACUUACAUUUGCGUUUCGCCAUUUUCCUGCUCAGAAUCUACAAUAUGCUUAGAUGAUGUUAAUGGGACUGAAAUAAUAGAGAACCAAGUAUUCCUGACCAGUGAAGGGGAUAUAUCUGACACUCAAGUGAAAAUAUUAUUGACCAUAACUGACAAUACAGGCAAAAUAGCAGUGUUGACUAGAAAUGUGUUGUUACCUUUAAGCCUUUACUGUACACCAACUGAAAAUAUUGACGAUGGCCGUUUUAAAUUACGAAUACAAACAAAUAAACCAUGUAUAGAAUUUCCAAAAAUAUUUACAGAUUUUUCAGAGGACGAAUUAAAAAAGUAUGGCAACACCAUAACAUUUUCUUACAGGGCGACAAAACAAACCGUUACACUCAAAACUGAUCUAGAGCAAUAUACAAUAGAAGCAGAAGAUUUCACUGAAAUAACUUCAGUAUUAGAUCAUUUUCUAAUUAAAUUAAUGGAUCACAACGCACGGAUGGGCGUUAAAGAUUUUAAAUUCAAUAUAAUUAACGAUAAAGAAUUCAUUAAACAACUUAUUCACAAGUUUUUAAAAUGCGUCGAAACUCAUGCAAAGGAGCGUAAUCAAUUGAAAGAAUUAGAGGAUGAGCUGAAUGUCCUUCAGAAACAAUUCACGAUAGUGCAGAAAAAACUUUUGGUGCAAUACGGCGCAUUGCCUCCGGGAGACUGCGAUCCUUUAGAAUUUCUCAUGAAGGAUACACAUACACGAUUAAUCAAAGUGGUAUACGAAAUUAUUCAAUGUAAAGAAGCUGUAUGCAGAGCGGGAGGUGCGUUAGCAACGGUUGGAAAACUUUUAAUUAUCUUGUUAAAGCAGUCGUCUAAAGAUGAUUUUAAAGUAACACUAAUAGAAGAAAUGAUGUCUCUAGGUUCACUUUACGAAAAUUAUCAAGAAUGGGAAGAGGCCGUAACGCAAGCUAUAUCCUAUAUUUUAAAUAACUUAUUCAAAAAGAAUGAAAAGGAUAAAGAAAAACUGGCUCCAGUUACCGAACAAGGUAUAUUGUCACAUUUCAAUCUAAAGCGGUUUCUGAAACAAAUCAGGCAGAUCUUCGACAAAAUGUUCGCUGAAAUAUUUGAAAGCGACGACGCGGAAAAGGAUGCCCAGAAAGUGUUGCGAAUACAAGAGUUCGUGGAAGUGUUAUAAAAUCAGAAUAAUUAUUAAACUUAUUUAUUACUUCACCUUAAUUGUUACAAUUGUUUUUAAAUAAAUUUGAAUUUUACAAACAUCAACAA